AUGUCAAGCAAUAUAACCACACCUUCCCCGGCCAUUAUAGUGCCUCCUCCGCCUCCGCCUGGGACUAAUUACAUUGCAGUAAUACAACCAUCUCUGAACUCGAUCAUGAUUGGGCACACCUUCACCAUCAUCCUGAUUCCCCUGAUUUUUGCGCUCUUUUACUUUUCCACUCCGCUUUCACGAAGAAGACCCAUAUUCAUUCUCAAUGUCAUAGCCAUCAUUCUGGCGUUCACUGCUGGGGUCAUGAUUGACAGUCUUGCGAUUCAUUCAAUGCUGUCUCCAUUGAACCCAUGGCCGCCAUCAAUUAACAUCGCUAUUGGAAUUAUAGGCGCAUUUCAAUCGAUCCUUGUUGACCUCAUCCUUCUGCUGCGUCUUACACUGAUCUACCCUUACACUAUUGUGGGCCCGAAACGCUUCGCCCUCGUCGCCGCACUUCCUGUACUCUUGAAAAUCGCGCGUCUCGUCAACAUGUUCAUAUUCAUUAAAGUUCUUGCGGAUGCUGCGCGUGGCCCAACAGGGAGUGAAAAUAUUGCAGUGGUGUGGGCCACCACACCCUGCCUCAAGAUUGAGUGGUCAGCUCAGCUUGUCGAUAAUGCCUAUGCCUCCAUAGCCUUCCUCUGGGCAAUCCGCCUUCGAAGAAAUUAUAGAUCAAGUGAAGUCAGCCCACGGAGGACGACGUUUGGACAACGCCUACGCACUCUUUUCUACAUAGCGGUCUCUAACUUCGUCUUCCCUUCUCUCUUGUCCCUCGCACAGCUGGUUGUUGUGUACAAAAACGUAUACGUCCUCACAGUCAACGAGAUCGUGCUCGUCAACACCAUGGUUGCUGUCAUUGGUGUCGUGUUUGCGACCGUAUGGGCCGGCUCUGUAAACUACCAAGACGAGAAAACCGAGCCCGACGUGUUUGAAAAAGCGCACAUGUCAUUCGAUGGACCAGGAACGUGGAAAGUCGCCACAGUCCAGCCUAAUUUGACAAUGGGAUCCACGGCUAUCACUGAACAGACGCGCAGCGCUCGUGGGGAGGCGAUCAGGCUCGUUGACACGAAUCAAACUUCAGGUGGGUAA